AUGUCCCAGGAAGAAAGGUUGAAGCGUUAUAAAGGUUUUAAGGAGAGACAUACCAGGUUUCUUGUAGCAACCGAUUUGGUUGGCAGAGGAAUUGACAUUGAACGCGUGAAUAUUGUGACGAACUAUGACAUGCCUGACUCUGCAGACACAUACUUACACAGAGUUGGCCGAGCUGGAAGGUUUGGCACCAAAGGCCUUGCAAUUACAUUUGUUUCAUGUUCAUCCGAUGUUGAUGUUCUCAAUAAUGUUCAGUCCCGGUUUGAGGUGGAUAUAAAACAACUUCCUGAGCAGAUUGAUACAUCUACAUACAUGCCAUCUACCGAAGAUAGGACCUUGUUUUUUUUAUUUGUUUAA